CUAUCUCGCUCCAGCCUGCCAGGCCUCCACAUGAUGGCCUCUGUCUCUCCCUAGCCCUCGCGGUCACCGUCUACGCAGCCUCUAUACCUCUGUGCUACUGGUGACAGCACCGUCGCCGGACCGUCAGCAGCCUAUAAAGCAUCGCACCACGCACUGAACCUCACAAAUGUCGCUCAAGGCCCUUAGCCAGCUGCUCGCUGGCCACAGGGGCAAUCGUGCAUCCACAUCCAGCUCCUGCUCUAGCUCCACCGGUAGCAGCAGCAAAGGAAAGGGAGCAGGCACAUGCAAGAGUGCAGGCACAAGCAGCAGCCGCGCGUCGAGCCCGACGCCACCCGUCAAACGCAGAUCCGCGUCCCUCUCCCUGUCCGGCCCCUCGAGCGGGGCGACGGCUAAGAAGAGCAGCAGCAAUAAGCGGGCGUCGACCAGUGCGCUCGCCACCCUGCCAACGCCAGCGGCCGCGGCUGCGGCCGGGGCGAACACGCACGCGAGCACAGCCCGCACCCCCUUCAUGGUCCCCUGGCCGCAGGCGCUGCUCGCCACGAGCGCCCGCCCGCCGCGCGAAUCAAAUUCGCAUGCGCACAGCCCAAAGACACGCCUCGCACCGCUCCCUCCACACAGCCACGGGGCCAGCGCCGGCGUGGGCGCGGGUGCCAGCUCCAGCAGUGUGCAACAGCAGCAGCAGCAGCAACACGAGGCGGCCAGCCGCAGCGGGGCCGCGCCCCACCGCCGCCGCUCGACGUCGCCGCCCGCUUCGCCGCGCGGUGCUCCUGUUGAAGCAGCCAUUUCGUCGUCACUAACAGUCGCGCCAGCACAGCGUUCGCCCUCGCCUUUUCGCGCUGCGCCCCCAGACACAUGCACCGGUAAGGGCUCGUGCCGCACGUUGCGCCAGCCAUUGACCGCUUUGGCGUGCACGUCCUCAUCGACGUCUGCGCCGACAGCCGCGCGGCACGCAUCUCCCUCAUCCACCUCCACCCCCACCUCCAUAUCCUGCACCUCCACUUCUUCUGCGUCGUUUUCCUCCUCGACCUCGUCGCAGCAAGCCUCCACCCCCGCUUCUUCGUCCGCGUCGUCAGCGCAGCAAGGGAGCACGUGCUGCACGGCAACGAGCGAGGACACCGCGCGCAGCAGAUGGCGCAGCCGCUCGGUCUGGGCCUCUCGCUCUCCCCGCCGCCCCCGCCGCCGUCACUGCGCACUUGAGCUGUGAUCAGCCUGGCUGCGUGUAUAUACCGCCCGCCUACUGGACUGUCAUUAUUGCGCGCGCAGCAGCAGCUCAUGUACUUUCUCCCCUCCGCGCUAUCCAUUCCAUUUCCGCUGCGUGUCGCGCAGUUGCAUGACCGACGAAGUGUGUG